AUGCGACUGCUAGAUACGGAGACCGGCUUGUUCUGCUGGUUCGAAAAACCGACCGACGUCGCCUACGCGAUACUGUCCCACGUUUGGAAGAUCCAAGGGGAACAGUCGUACGAAGAACUACUGCACAUACAACAAGUCCCGGGAACUCGCCAGCCACUCGAAUCACUUCUCGACGAUGCGCGCAUCUCGGACAAAAUCAGGCGUUCUUGCGAGAUCGCGCGUGGUCAAGGGUACCGAUACCUCUGGAUCGACACCUGCUGCAUCAACAAGGAGAGCAGCACGGAGCUCUCCGAGGCGAUCAACUCGAUGUGGGAGUGGUACCGACUAGCGAGCGUAUGCUACGCAUUCCUCGCGGACGUGGAUCCCGACGACGACGCGCUCGCGCCUGGCUCGCAGUUCCGCGGGAGCAAGUGGCACACGCGUGGCUGGACGUUACAGGAGCUUAUCGCACCCAUGUAUGUCGUCUUCCUCGCGUGCGACUGGUCCUUGUUCGGCACCAAGGGCACCUUGGCGCGAGUCCUGGAGGAGGUGGCGGGGGUGGAUCACGCUGUGCUGACGCAUGAGAGGCCGCUGUACGCGGUGAGCGUCGCGCGGCGGAUGUGGUGGGCUUCAAGGCGGCAGACCACGCGUGUGGAGGACGCGGCGUACUCGCUCAUGGGGAUCUUCGGAAUCAACAUGCCUACUAUCUAUGGGGAGGGCCCGCGCGCGUUCCUGCGCCUCCAGGAAGAGAUCCUGCGGACCAUUCCUGACCAGAGCAUCUUCGCGUGG